GAAUUUUCUGUUUUUUGGGAACUUAGGCGCUGUGCCCUGUUGUGACUGGUCAGUGAGGGCCUCUGGCUCUUUUGGGGUGGGUCGCCUAAAGAGCCUGUUUGCCUUCAGCUUGGUGGCUUUGGGCCCUUUGGUUUUGCUCUAUGCUAAAGAGUUAAUGAUCCUACAAUGACGUUUCACCAAAUUUAAAGAAUAGAAAAGGCACCAGUUUGGGUGCAGCCUUGCAUCCAAAUUCCAGCUCCAGAGUUCACAAGUCUGUGGUCCUGAGCGCGGCCCUUCCCAUGUCUGGGCCUCCGCUCUCUCAUCUGUAAAGUGGGUUAAUAAGUAUAACACCAAUCUCACACUGCUGUUGGCAGGACUGGAGGAAAGCUGUAAUCUGCUGUGGCCGGGGUUAGCCACUGACACCCCAGCGCCCUCACGCCUGUGGUCUUAAGGGAAAGAAACCCAGCUCCAACUGGCUGAAGAAGGACAAAGACCUGACCGGGGAAAAUCCAGCCUGGCUGGCUCGGGGCCCGGUGGGCGGACAAAAUGUCGAGCUCAUCCACCUUGUGGUCCGUUUGCUUUCUUCUCCUCAUUAAUUACCACGCGAUGUGUGUCCUUUGGGGCACUGCACAACUUCCCAGACCUCGGAGUCAGACACUAAGCAAGAACUCACGGAGGCCUGGGUGAAACCAGGAGAGACAUGUUCUGGAAGCAGCUCUUGGCAGGACUUGGGCAAAGCGUGAAGGAGAUGGGGAAGCACAAGGUUGGACAACUGCCUUGUGUUGCCAUUUGCAGGGACACGGGAGGAAGGCGGAGAAUACUGCGGCGCAGAGGGGACAGCAACACAGGGCUCCAGAGCCAGUUCACGGCAGAAACGGGCUUGGGAUCCAGGCAGCCAGGCCCGCAGGCUUUCCCGCGACGCACGUUGUUACCGUGGCUGCUGCUGGCUGUCGGGGAGCCUCCGCAGCCCUUUAAAAGGAGCAGAGCCCGAAGUAGAAUGAGCAGCCCCGGUCUGAGAUAAGAGCCCGACAGCAGGUGCACUCUCCCAGCCAGCUCAGGCAAGAGCAGGUGCGCGGGUCACUCGGGCCCUGAUGUCUGCGGAGGCGGCUGUGUCUGUGCGUGACGCUGAGUUUGUCGGUGGCAAGGGGAAGCAGCCAAGCAUGGGAGGCAGGUGUCGUGAAUCCUGGUAUGAGCGGUUCCUGCAGCCCUGUCUGGUCGAACUGCUGGGCUCUGCCCUCUUCAUCUUCAUCGGGUGCCUGUCGGUCAUUGAGAACGGGCCGGACACUGGGCUGCUGCAGCCGGCCUUGGCCCACGGGCUGGCCCUGGGCCUCAUCAUCGCCACACUGGGGAAUAUCAGUGGUGGGCACUUCAACCCUGCGGUGUCCUUGGCGGCCAUGCUGAUCGGAGGCCUCAACCUGGUGAUGCUCCUUCCCUACUGGAUCUCCCAGCUGUGCGGGGGGCUGAUCGGGGCCGCCUUGGCCAAGGCAGUGAGUCCUGAAGACAGGUUCUGGAACGCGUCUGGGGCGGCCUUUGUGACGGUCCAGGAGCCAGGGCAGGUGGGGGGGGCGGUGGUGGUGGAGCUGAUCCUGACGACCCUGCUGGCACUGGCUGUUUGCAUGGGCGCCAUCAACGAGAAGACGCAGGGCCCUCUGGCUCCAUUCUCCAUUGGCUUUGCCGUCACCGUGGACAUCCUGGCCGGGGGUGCUGUGUCCGGAGCCUGCAUGAAUCCUGCCCGUGCCUUUGGACCUGCUGUGGUGGCCAAUCACUGGGACUUCCACUGGAUCUACUGGUUGGGCCCGUUCCUGGGGAGCCUCCUCGUAGGAGUGCUUAUCAGGUUCAUCAUUGGUGAUGGGAAAACCCGCCUCAUAUUUAAGGGACGGUGACCCUGGUGGCAUUGCUGCGGCCCCACCCAGAAUGCAGACAGGUUACCUUCUGCAUUUCCUGCCUGGGCAGAGGCCCAGGGGAGCCCCUCACUUGCUUCCCCCCCCAUGUGCGCCUGGCUUCCCAGAUAGACAGACUGCCGCUAAGUUCUGAGGAUGCUCUUCGUUCUCCACUGGGCUCGGCGGAGACCUCCGCAUGGGGGGCGUGUUGCCAGCACGAGGGAGAGGUCUUUCUCGGGAGGGAGAGUCCCAGGAGCUGAAUAGGUGGCUGUUUAUGCGCAGGAGUUCACUGCCCCCGGCCCCCUCUCCUUCUCCUUCUUCGCUGUUACAGAAGGGCCUUCAGGGGGUUUCCCUGCUUCCUGAGCUGCCACUUUAGCUUUGCAAUAAAUAGUCCACUAUUUC